AUGGCUGCCACAUUCUUCAACAAUAAGGCCCGUGCUGCGGCUGCAGCUACAUCCAGCAGCUCCAAGGCUAAGGCAGGUGACAACAAGGAAGAAUCAAACCGAAUGCAGCCCUGGGUUGAGAAAUACCGACCUAAGAGCCUGGACGAUGUCGCUGCCCAAGAUCAUACUACUAAAGUCCUUCGGCGCACUCUGCAAGCCUCCAAUCUUCCUCAUAUGCUCUUCUAUGGGCCUCCAGGAACGGGUAAAACGUCCACCAUCCUUGCACUCGCCAAAUCCCUCUUCGGCCCCGCCCUUUACCGCUCCCGUAUCCUGGAAUUGAACGCCUCCGAUGAGCGAGGUAUCGGAAUUGUCCGUGACAAAGUGAAGAAUUUCGCACGUGCCCAAUUAUCCCAGCCCAAUGGCCUCGAUGCUGAAUACCGCGCAAAGUACCCCUGCCCUCCGUUCAAGAUCAUCAUUCUCGACGAGGCAGACAGCAUGACACAAGAUGCGCAGUCCGCCCUGCGCCGCACGAUGGAACAGUACAGCCGCAUCACGCGAUUCUGUCUCGUGUGUAACUAUGUAACCCGCAUCAUCGAGCCACUGGCUAGUCGAUGCAGCAAGUUCAGAUUCAAGUCACUUGAUAAUUCGGCGGCUGGCGACAGAUUGGCUGUGAUUGCGCGCGCGGAGAAUCUGAAGCUUGAGGAUGGUGUGAUUGACACACUGAUCAGGUGCGGGGAGGGUGAUUUGCGUCGGGCUAUUACUUACUUGCAGAGUGCGGCACGUCUAGUUGGUGCUACCCAGGCGGCUGCCAAGGAUGGUGAUGACGACCAGGAGAUGACGGAUGCUGGUACCACAGAUUCGGGGACUAUUACGAUCCGAAGUAUUGAAGAAAUUGCCGGUGUUAUCCCGGACAAUAUUGUAGAUCAGAUUGUGAACGCCAUGCAGCCCAAGGGAUCUGGAUCCGCAUAUGAGGCUGUUUCGAAGGUUAUCACAGACCUUGUGGCUGACGGGUGGAGUGCCACACAACUUAUUGGCCAGCUCUACCGACGGGUUGUGUUCAAUGAGGGCAUUCCGGAUCGACAGAAGAACAAGAUUGUCCUCGCCUUUUCAGAAAUUGAUAAGCGACUUGUUGAUGGAGCAGAUGAGCAUCUAUCUGUCCUGGACCUGACUCUGCGUAUCGCAGGGAUCCUGCGCGAGGCUUGA